CCUUUUAGAUCCAAGAAGUUACCAAAGAUGGCAAACUUCAAGGGUCAUGUACUUCCAGGCAGUUUCUUCCUCCUUUUUGGGCUCUGGUGGUCGGUGAAAUACCCACUGAGACAUCUCAGUCAGAAAGCAAAUAAGAAGUCCCACAGAAAUUAUUUUUUCCAGCGUGCAGAUGCCAUUGAAGGGGGAGUCAAAAUCACCUUUGCUUUAAUAGGGAUGCUGGCAGAGCAGUUCGUCCCCGACGGCCCACACCUGUAUCUCUACAGUGGGGAGAAGCGUGACUGGGUGAAGCUGAUGAACUGGCAGCACACCACCAUGUACCUCUUCUACGGCCUCUCGGGGAUGGUGGACGUCCUCACCUAUUUCUCCCAGGUGGUGCCUCUGGGCCUGGAUCGCCUCAUGCUCUCUGUGGCUGUGUUUGUUGAAGGUUUUCUCUUCUAUUAUCACGUCCUUCACCGCCCCAUGCUGGACCAGCAUAUCCACUCCCUGCUGCUCAUCGCCAUAUUUUCAGGGGCCUCCAGCAUCCUGCUGGAAGUCUUCCUCCGUGAUAACAUUGUCCUGGAGCUGUUCAGAGCUGGCGUCACCAUUGUCCAGGGAACGUGGUUCUGGCAGAUUGGGAUUGUGCUGUUCCAGCCAUGGGGAGGCCCGAUGUGGGACGAGAAAGACCACAACAAUGUCAUGUUCCUCACCAUGUGCUUCUUCUGGCACUGGGCAGCUGCUGUGUUCAUCCUCACCAUAAACUACACUCUUGCUUACUGGUGCGUUCAGAGGUGCAGGAGAAUCGGUGGAGAACCAUACAUUGGCCUCGGAGUCCGGAAGCAAAAAUGCGACACGAGUUCCCACGCUGCUUUUUUAAACGGAUCCGAUGAAGAGUGA